UUAGCUAGCUAAAUAGGACAAAUUAGCUAGAAAGCUAACUAGCUAAAUUGCCAUAAAUGUUUAAUGCUGGGAAAUAUGAUGUUAAUUUCCAAACAUUCAUGUAUUAAGUUCGCAUGCACUUGUAGAGAUGGGGCGGAUCUUCUUAGCCACUGAUGACGCAAAUACAGUUGUACCUUUUUAUCUAAAUGAAGGAUGUUGUGACAUCGCAUGUAGAACUACAAUGCUAUGGCUACACAACAAUAAAUCCUGUCUCACGGUUGUAGCCUAUGAUUGGAUUAAUCUAUUGUCACUCAGAUGCAUAGGCCUAUUAUUAGCCAAGGCAAGAUGUUUUGCCAAAACACAGCCUAUUUUACAGACUUAUGACAAUGUUUUGUAGGCUAGAUGGUAGCGUAAAUACAUGGAGGCAAAGUCGUGGUGCAAUGUAUUUAUUCGCAGUGUCGUGACAAUUAAGAUAUCACAGUGACAAAUGGUCAUGCGUAAAAGGCAACUCGUUGUAAAUGUCCUCAAUCCAUGACGCUUAAAACUAACCUCUACAAUUUUAUUUUUUUCUUCACACAUUUAUAUAACGUUGUAUGUGGGGCUGUAAAGUGCUCUGGGACGCACGUUUACUUUCGCUGUCGACUUGCUGUAUUCAAUUCCGCCGAUUCAGUUGCAAACCGUUUCUUAAACGGAAGCAAACGGAACGAACGUGGAGUGACUUGCCUUAAUUUGUCCAAUAGAAACUUGUUUAGUUGCAAAACGGAAUGCAACUGUUUGAACGAAUGAUUACACCCCGGGCUUCAGACAGGUUUACGAGACAGCUGCUACACGUGACGGUUAUAAUGGUUGUAUAACGCAACAAUAUUUAGUUCAACGCGUUGUUUGGCACGUGCACACUUACCACUUACAAAAAGUAUCGUGCAGAGGUCUCGAAUAACAACAGGUGAGAGACAAAUAUGUUCGAAAGAGGGGGAAAAAAGACCACUCGAAUGAGUUUACUUAUAUAUGGCAAUUUGUCAGGUUGGACACGGAUAUUUACCCGAGAAAGCAGUGUUAUCACUCACAACACGAAACCGUUCAAUUAUAGGGAGCCUGUGUAGUAGCCUAUAUAGACCAUCACUUUUCCCUUAAAUACAUGCAAAAUGACACUUUAGCCUAUCGUUUUAGAGGAUAAAAUGAACGUUUCAUUCUUAAAUCAGGCUGAAAUAUGAGCCUAUUGAUAAUGGACUCAUGCAGAAUACUUUCAUAAAUGGUUGUCCUACUUGCUCUGGGCUAGACUAUGGCCCACGAAACGAUUGCGUGUGAAUGCAAGGAACAGUGUCCCCUUCACGGGUGGUUUGAGUGAAUGAAUGCGAGUGUCGUGGUGACUGGUGAUAGAGGAGAAGACAGAUUGACCUCUUCCGAGUUUUCCUGGAGUUGUGUCCUCAUUACCCAGGAGGCUACUUUAUCCUUACAAACGUAGACCUGCACGUGCAUGUCUACCCCCACCCCGCAUUAGUACAGAGAGAGGGGAGGAAAAAAGAAAGUAAAUUUAUACAACAAUCCCCCGCCUCUUCUCACCAUCUCUCCUACAGUAGGCUACUUAUACCACAUUUGGGCUACACUACCACUUGCUCAUGUUCUGCGGCGCCGGGCUGCUGCUGACCGGAUCCAACCAUGUCCUUAGAGAAUUUAGCCGCCGGCGGCAAUGACGGGACCGCAGACAAACGAUCAGGACCCUUGCAGUUAGGAGAAACCAAUAGCCUUCCUGUUUCUCGGCCUUAUGUCAUAACGCCCCACCUGGCAGGAGCCAUGCCUGAUGUCAUAACCCCCCACAAGGCAGGAGCCAUGCCUGAUGUCAUAACCCCCCACAAGGCAGGAGCCAUGCCUGAUGUCAUAACCCCCCACAAGGCAGGAGCCAUGCCUGAUGUCAUAACCCCCCACAAGGCAGGAGCCAUGCCUGAUGUCAUAACCCCCCACAAGGCAGGAGCCAUGCCAAUCCAAGAGCUGUCUAGGAAACGGAAGGGGGAUCUAGAUAACAGGGAAAAUGGUGAUGCUCAAAUAGAGGAGCAACAGAGCAGAUCGGAAAACGAUGAUCAACAGGUGAAAAUAAAAUGGUUCAGGGAGCCACACAGCCAAAUUGAAAAGCGGCGAAGGGACAAAAUGAACACCCUUAUCGACGAGCUGUCAGCCAUGAUCCCCUCCUGGAACCCCAUGGCCAAAAAGCUUGACAAACUCACGGUUCUGCGAAUGGCUGUACAGCAUCUGAAAGCCCUGAAAGGUGCCAGCAGUUCCUUUACUGAUGUUAACUACAAACACAAGCCUUCAUUUCUGCCUCUGGAUGAUCUCAAGCACCUGGUGCUCCAGGCUGCAGAUGGGUUCCUGUUCGUGGUGAGUUGUGACAGGGGGAAGAUCCUCUUUACCUCAGAAUCCGUCUCCAAGUUCCUCAACUACAGUCGGUUGGAACUAAUUGGACAGAGUCUUUUUGAUUAUGUCCACCCGAAGGACAUUAGUAAAGUGAAAGAGCAGCUGUCAGCCUCAGGAUUAUACCCUUGUGAACGGCUCAUAGAUGCCAAAACAGGGUUACAGGUGCAGGAGCUUCCUGUGGGAGCAGUUCAACUGUGUACAGGGGCACGGCGCUCCUUCUUCUGCCGCAUGAAGCACAGCAGAACAGUUAUGAAGACAGAAGACAAAACCAUCCAGCCCAGCAGCUCCAAGAAAAAGGAGUCUCAACGAUACUGCACUGUCCAUUGCACUGGUUACAUGCAGAGUUGGCCCUCCACCCAGCUGGAUGCUGAGAGCGACAACAACGAGUCCUCCCAUCUGUCCUGCCUGGUUGCUGUGUGUCGCGUUCACCCUAACAAUGCCUGUCAGCCCUCACGAGAGGUCAAGGUCAAACCCACCCAGUUUGUCACUCGCUUUGCAAUUGACGGCAAGUUCAUCUUCGUAGACCAACAAGCCACUACUGUUCUGGGAUACUUGCCACAGGAACUACUCGGGACGUCUUGUUAUGAGUACUUCCACCAGGACGACCUGCAACACCUCGCAGAGACACAUAGGAAAGUUCUCCGCAGUAAAGAGAAGAUUGAGACCAGCUGCUACAAGUUCAAAACAAAACUUGGCUCCUUCGUCAUGCUUCAAAGUCAGUGGUUUAGUUUUAUAAACACGUGGACCAAAGAAGUGGAGUUUAUUGUGUCAACAAACCUAGUUUUGGGACCUGGUCACACAGAAACUGAACAGCCGAGCUGCUCCGAGAUGUUGGACGAAGAGAGAAAACGUACUAUCCUUAUCCCUGGCAUCUCCAGUGGCAUGGCCACUAUGAUCUACGCUGGCAGCAUAGGGACCCAGAUAGCAAAUGAGCUCUUGGACUCCAACAGGGUCAAUUUUUCUCCAUCGAGUGGAACCUCCAGUCCCUUCUGUCCAUCUCAGGACAGGUCUCCAAUGGUCUCCUCUCAUGCCAACAUGCCAAAUGAGGAGGUGACUGACUCCGAUACAGUGAGCAAGUCUGGAUCAGAGUCUGCUUCAAAGGGGGCCACAUACGCUGGCAGCAACACACAUAUAGACACAGCCCAUUCUCCCCCAGGAGAGAGCUCCCAGAUGAAAUUGGACAGCAUGGUGGGACCAGGCCUCGGUAUCCUGAGCAACGACGAGGCUGCGAUGGCCGUCAUCAUGAGCCUGCUGCAGACUGAUGCCAACCUGGGGGACGCAGUAGACUUUGACAACAUGCACUGGUCUCACUAGCAGAGAUUCAAAUGCCAUGAAUUCAGGAGAAGAUUUAAGAUUUGAAAAAUGCUAUUUAUUCCUAUCUACAUUACUUCAUUUAUUUAUUUAAGCAUUUUCAAAGAGGAUUUCUACCAAUUCCUGAAUUGGGAUUUCAAUUCACUUCCAGAAUUGAAAUGGAAUUGACCCCCAACUCCAUCAGUCCUUAACUCUGUAGUUUAUGGUUAGACAAACUCCAUCCAGGGACUAUUUUCAUGUGCUCCGCUACCAAUGAAACAGAUUUAUGUGCUUCUGAGGAACUUCUACAGCUCUCUGUUUAAGUUUCAGCAAGAGAAAUCCAGCCUGAGCUAAGAUCAGCAAACUCUUUGGUGGCUUGCACAGCUGGCUCAAUUGGUGGGGAUUUUUUUUAUCAAUGUUUCAAUGUAACUGAAUGUGUACUAAAACCACCCGAGUUUGCCUAUAUCUGAGGGGUCACAGAUCGAUACCAGUUCGGUAAUCUUGGGGUUCCCGCAGGUUUGAAAGUGAUCAACCCAAAUUCCAAGGGAGUGGACAAAGGCAUAGGUUAAUCAAUUACAAAGUAUAUUAACUCUGAACACUGAUCACUUGUGUGAAUAACUUGAAAUGAAACAUUACAACUGUGUCUUCACUCAAAUUGUCAUUGUCUGUUAUUACAAAGUGAAAUUGUAUAUUGUUCUUUUUGCUCUUGCGUUGUAGGCGUCUGUGUAGAUGAAUCAAUAUUGCUGCCAUGUCUAUUGUAAAGACAGCGGCAUACCUUUUUCUGAAGUCACUCAGAAGUAGAGCUGCUUCUUUUGAAAUGUUUUCAUUUACACUGAAACAGAACACCCUGAAGAUGCACCUGCAGAGAUGUGAUGCAGGCUAAACGCUCGGAAACACUUUUGUAUUUUGUGAAAAGCAUUUACACAUUUAUUAUGCAACGUUGGCGUUCUUAGCAAUAGCGUGUGCUUUUCCUAUCCUAGAGGAACACAAUGGAAAUAAGCUCUCAGGCUUUAUUAUGUUUUGUCCUCAAAUGGUUUUAAGUAUCUGGUCUUCAACUUUUUAAUGAUCAAAUAAAAUAAAAUACUCACUGCCCGUCACCACAACCAGCGUUCAGCGCUCACGUUAAUUCUUUACCACUACAUCCCUGUUCAUCUGAGCUUAUACAAACACAUCCUAGUUUGUUUGAAAUGUGUCGGUGUGAAACAAUCCAGUCAAGGAAAACAAUGCUUGCAAACAACCUUUUGAAACCUUGCUUCAGCAAACUAUUGUGAAAGCCUCUUUAGUCCCAGAACCAAUCUCAAUACCGUGUCUGCUUUUACUAUGAACAGAGCAUUACUUUCUGUGUGAAGUUUGCACAUCUUCCAAAUACUUAAAAUCCAAGUGCAUGAAAAGAAACAGAAAAGUCUCUGUUGCUGGGAUCCAAUCUAAACGCAGUGUACAUUUUAUUCUGCAAUUGUGAUUGCCACUUGAGGGACAAAAAGGUGAAAUAUCAGUGAAUCCAUAAAGACUUGAAUUGCAAUGAUGUGUGCACUCCUGCAGUGUUGAUUGUUGUUGAACUUUUUGGGUGAGGGAAGAUCAUGGCUUCAUGUGCAAAGAAUCAAGUAAUCUGGCACAGAAAAGCCAAUUAAUUGGCUGCAUGUCAAACGUUGAUAUUCUUUGGCUCUGACCAAUGUAUCCACGCAAUGCAAUUAAACAUUAAAAACAAAUCUG